CUCGUGGCUGUAACUUGUUUAAAAAUAGCUUGUCUGACAUUUAGAGAUCACCGUCUAACUUGUUUGACGAUAUUUAACGUUUGAUAACAUUGGCCUAAUUUAUUACCAAAAAAUAAACAAACCUGCCCCGGAAGUGCUCCGUGCUCGUGCCACGUCAGAGCUACAAAAGUGUCCCCAUCCCCACUCCACAGUCUGUGCAGCUUUCUGCGGGUACUUCUUGCUGUCACCAUGCUGCUGAGCCUGGGACUGAGCUGUCUGCUGCUCAAUGUGUUUGUGGUGUUUGGGACUGAGCUCACAUUCGAGCUGCCUGACAACGACAAGCAAUGUUUCUACGAGGAACUAGAGAAGGACGUGAAGUUUGACAUAGACUUCCAAGUAAUUUCAGGAGGCAACUAUGAUGUGGACUGCUUUGUCACUGAUCCUCAACAAAAUGUCUUGUACAAUGAGAAGAAGAAGCAGUAUGACAGCUUCUCUCACACUACGGGUAUGAAGGGAGUCUACAAGGUCUGCUUCAGCAAUGAGUUCUCCACUUUUACACAUAAAACGGUGUACCUGGAGUUCCGCCAUGGAGAUGAGGAACCUCUCAUCCAGAGCAUGACUGGAGUGACUGCACUGACUCAGUACAACAUAACAAUUCUCAUUUUUCAAGUAAAUAUGGCGGGUUACCUUAAAGCUCUGACCACCGUGUCGAGAAGUGCAGCCGCUGCUCUGUCGCAGAACCCCGCAGCGCUCUCACCAGCCGCCGUCUGCCAUCACAGACUGCAACAGAGGAACUAUGCCACAAGGCGCAUCAAGGUGGACCAGCCUGUGGUGGAGAUGGACGGAGAUGAGAUGACUCGCAUCAUAUGGGAGUUUAUCAAAGAGAAGCUCAUCCUGCCCAAUGUUGAUGUUGAGCUGAAGUACUUUGACCUGGGUCUGCCCUACCGUGACCUGACAUCAGACCAGGUCACCAUAGACUCUGCUCUGGCAACAAAUAAAUACAACGUGGCUGUCAAGUGUGCCACCAUCACCCCAGAUGAGGAACGCGUUGAGGAAUUCAAGCUAAAGAAGAUGUGGAAGAGUCCUAAUGGAACCAUCAGGAAUAUUUUGGGAGGGACUGUUUUCCGUGAGCCAAUCCUGUGCAAAAACAUUCCUCGUCUUGUUCCCGGUUGGACACUACCCAUAACAAUCGGCAGACAUGCUUUUGGGGAUCAGUACAGGGCCACAGACUUUGUUGUUGACCAGCCUGGCAAGUUCAAGAUGGUGUUUGCCCCAGCUGAUGGAAGCAAGCAGAAGGAGUGGGAGGUGUAUGACUUCCCUGCAGGGGGCUGUGGGAUGGGAAUGUACAACACAGAUGAGUCCAUCAGUGGAUUUGCUCACAGCUGCUUCCAGUACGCCAUCCAGAAAAGGUGGCCUCUGUACAUGAGCACCAAGAACACCAUCCUCAAGGCCUACGACGGGCGCUUCAAAGACAUUUUCGAGGAGAUCUAUGAGCAGAAGUACAAGCCAGAGUUUGACAAGCUGAAGAUUUGGUAUGAACACCGUCUCAUUGAUGACAUGGUGGCCCAGGUCCUGAAGUCCUCUGGAGGAUUUGUUUGGGCCUGUAAGAACUACGAUGGAGACGUGCAGUCAGACAUUCUGGCUCAGGGUUUUGGUUCUCUUGGUCUCAUGACAUCAGUGCUAGUGUGCCCUGAUGGAAAGACUAUUGAGGCAGAGGCCGCCCAUGGCACCGUCACCAGGCACUACCGUGAACACCAGAGGGGGAGACCAACCAGUACCAACCCCAUCGCUAGCAUCUUUGCUUGGACCCGAGGAUUGGAGCACAGAGGCAAACUGGACGGAAAUCCUGAUUUGAUAAAGUUCUCCCAGACGUUAGAACAAGUGUGUGUGGCAACUGUGGAAAAUGGAGUGAUGACCAAGGACCUUGCAGGCUGCAUCCACGGCCUGGCCAACUGCAAGCUAAAUGAACAUUAUGUCAACACAUUGGACUUCCUGGAUGCGAUCAAGACCAACUUGGACAAAUCUCUGGGCAAAUGAAGAGCAAUCGGAAGACAUGGUUGUAAAUUCUCGACUGACAAACCCUGUUUUUUAACUCGUUUCUACCUUUUGUUUGUAUGAAUCUUUGUUUUUGAAGGAACCAAGUUUGCUAUUUUCCGUGCCAUUUUUUUUGUAUUUGUAUAGCUCACUGGCACACAACUGUGCUCAUGUUCCUCAGCCUUUCCUGUUUCCAACCAUCCACUUUUGUAUUGCUCAAUAAGUGAUUGUACAGAAUAAAUUAAUAUGAAUGCUAAUGUUAACUUAUAAUGGCAAUUUCAAAUACAUUUUAAUUUAAUUAGAAAGUAUCUUCAGGGAACAGUUUGUACAAACAAGGACAAAAACAACUUGUUUUGCACUAUUGUCAUAAAUAUUAAAAAGCAAUAGUGAAAAUCACUCUGUAA